GGAAGGGCGGGGACGGACACACAGACACCGACGCGGACACACACCCCCCGCGCAGCGCCCUAAGUGUCCGCAACUUUAGGCCGCCUUAGACCAGGGCGCAGAAAGGCCAGGAAGGUCGGGGGAGGCAGUACGCUGUGAGCAAAGGGAGGCUUUAAAAGAGGAAGGAGAGAGGAAAAAGUGAAGGGAACAGAACGGGGGAAAGCAGUAGGGAGCAAGGGAAAGAGAAGAAGAAGGAAAGGAGAGAGUUGCUAGCGUCCAGCACGGCGAAGGAGCGGAAGCGAUCCUGGGGGGAAGAGGCGCAGCGAGGGGAGGGGAGAGGAAGGGAGAGGAGGGGGAGUGAAAACUAGAGGAGGGCGAAGGAAGCGAGGCGCGACACUCUCGCGGAGAGGAGGGCAGUGAGGAGCGCCGCGCGGGUAGAGGCAGCUCAGGCUGCCGAGAGGAGGGAGCGCGGCGCAGAGAGGAGGGGCUUGCGGCCCCGUAGAAAUGUCAAUCAGAGCCCGGAGCCCGGGGAAUCUCCGCCAAUCUGUUCGGACCUGACCUGGCUCCUCGCCGCCGCCGCCGCCGCCGCCGCCGCCGCCGCCGCGGAGCAGAUCAAUAGGGGAACGCGGAGCGCAGCGCAGAGCGGGAGGUAGCGCGGCCCCAGCUCGGCCCAGCCCCCGAUGCGCGCCGGAGCCCGCGGGCGGCGCUGAGCAGGGCGGCCCCAGGGGCCGGGCCCCCUCUCCGUCCGUGCCCCGCGGGCCACCAUGUCCUUCCCCCAGCUCGGAUACCAGUACAUCCGCCCGCUCUACCCGCCCGAGCGCCCGGGAGCUGCAGGCGGCGGCAGCGGCAGCGCGGGGGCCCGGGGCGGACCCGGCGCGGGAGCCUCGGAGCUGACCGCCUCUGGGUCCCUAUCCAAUGUGCUCUCGUCCGUGUACGGGGCGCCCUACGCUGCGGCCGCUGCGGCUGCCGCCGCCGCCCAAGGCUACGGCGCCUUCCUGCCCUACGCCGCGGAGCUGCCCAUCUUCCCGCAGCUGGGCGCGCAGUAUGAGCUGAAGGACAGCCCUGGGGUGCAGCAUCCGGCCGCGGCCACAGCGUUUCCGCACCCGCACCCCGCCUUCUAUCCGUAUGGCCAGUACCAGUUCGGGGACCCGUCCCGUCCCAAGAACGCUACCCGAGAGAGUACUAGCACGCUUAAGGCCUGGCUCAACGAGCACCGCAAAAACCCCUACCCCACCAAGGGCGAGAAGAUCAUGCUGGCCAUCAUCACCAAGAUGACCCUCACCCAGGUGUCCACCUGGUUCGCCAAUGCGCGCCGGCGUCUCAAGAAGGAGAACAAGAUGACUUGGGCACCCCGCAGUCGUACCGAUGAGGAGGGCAAUGCUUACGGGAGCGAGCGGGAGGAGGAAGACGAAGAGGAGGACGAGGAAGAUGGCAAACGCGAGCUGGAGCUAGAGGAGGAGGAGCUCGUGGGGGAGGAGGAGGACACGGGGGGCGAGGGCCUGGCAGACGACGAUGAAGACGAGGAGAUCGAUUUGGAGAACUUAGACGGCGCGGCUGCUGGGCCUGAACUGGCCCUGUCUGGGGCAGCGCGCAGGGACGGUGACCUAGGCCUGGGACCCAUUUCGGACUCCAAAAAUAGCGACUCAGAAGACAGCACCGAGGGCUUGGAGGAGCGGCCACUUCCAGUCCUGAGUCUGGCCCCAGCGCCACCGCCAGUGUCUGGGACUCCACCAUCUCCUCCCUCGCCUCCCACAGGCCUAGACCCCUGCGCUCCGGCACCGGCUCCCUCGUCUGCCCUGCAGAAGCCCAAAAUCUGGUCCCUGGCCGAGACGGCCACUAGCCCGGACAACCCGCGCCGCUCGCCUCCUGGCACGGGAGGUUCUCCUCCUGGGGCAGCCGUCGCACCCCCGGCUCUGCAGCUUUCUCCCGCAGCAGCCGCUGCCGCGGCCGCGGCUCACAGACUGGUCUCGGCGCCACUGGGCAAAUUCCCCGCUUGGACCAACCGGCCGUUCCCAGGCCCGCCGCCCGGCGCACGCCCGCACCCUCUCUCCCUGCUCGGUUCGGCCCCUCAGCACCUGCUGGGACUUCCCGGAGCCGCUGGUCACCCGGCUGCCGCCACCGCCUACGCUCGACCCACGGAGCCCGAGGGCGGAACAGAUCGCUGUAGUGCCUUGGAAGUGGAGAAAAAGUUACUCAAGACAGCUUUCCAGCCGGUGCCCAGGCGGGAAUACAGGGAGGAAAAAUCAGGGUCCGAUCAAAAGGAGACAAGAAAGGGGAGCUAGAGUCCCCAGUGUCCAGAAUCAGGCAUAGAGGAAAGAAGAAUGGCUCUAAAGACAACGUGGGAGGAAGGGAUACUGCCUCCUGACCCCAGUUGGCCCCUGUCACCUGACUCAGCCAGUCAACCUGACUGCAUUAAAAAUGUCCACCUUUGUGUGACCAGCCUAGCUUUGAUGUAGCUGCUGCUCCUCUCUGAAGGCUCCAAGCCUCCGAAGGCCAUCUCUGGAAAAUCUCCCUGAACGCACCCCCUGCUGAGGUGGGACACAGCUGGAAGAGGUAUUAUGAGCAGGGCAGUGCUCCUUAACCAGGCAAUUUUGUCUCCCCUCCCACCCUGGGGACAGUUGACAACGUCUGGAGACGACUAGGAUGGGGCUGCGAGUGGAAUCUCAAGGGCUGAGGCCAGGGAUGCUGCUGAAGGCCCUAUAGGGCACGAGGAGGUAAAGGGCACAGAAUCAGCGCCCUAGGUGCACCUGACCUUAUCUGAUCUCAAAAAAGCCAUGCAGGUCAGGCCUCACUAGUACCUGAAAUGCAGUCCAAAAUGUCACUGGUGCUGGGGAUGAGAAGCAGUGAGCUGAGGAGAGAGAGGUGUCUGGGGCCGGCACAAGGAGGAUGUUCUCCCAGAAACCCCAGCUUUAUCGAGGGAAACACUAAGACUCCGUGGAGCCGUUGGGCUCCCUAAAAAACUUUUGGCUCUGGAAGGGGGAAGUAGCAGGGGAAAGACAGCAAACCGGAAACGGGGAGCCUGGAGAAAAGUAAGAGUGAAUCUCAAUCCAGCCGGUGGACCUGGAACCUUCUCCAGCCAGCAGUGAAAGGGAGGGUCAACCCCCAGGAGGAUGUGCGUCUGCAAAGCAGGGGCCUUUCUCCCUUGGAUAUGAUGUCAGAAGCAGGUUACAGGAAGCUGCUUACAGAUGAAGCUUAAGAUGUGUGAGUUUUGCCUAGGAACUGCCGCCACCCUCAGCGGCUGCCGUGUCUUCUGUGCACAUAAAUGCCACUAUUUAUUUAUUUACUUGCUUAUUUUACCUAGGAGUGUGUGUGUGAGUGUGUGUGUGUGUUGUGUGUGUGUGUGUGCGCGCGCGCCCUGUCAGGCAGCAGGAGGGAGACAAAGGCAGGUCAGGGCUGACCGGGGCUGGCCUGGCUGGCAGGCUGUGACGUCACGGCUUUGUGUGGUGGGGAGCCCUGCAUUCUCUCACUGCUAGGCCGCUAACAAGUGGGCCCACAGCCUCGGGCCUUUGGAGUGCACUCAUCUGGCAGAUUGCACUUCUCUCAGCCGCUCAGAUUUAUUUUGCCAAAGUUACAGGGCAAUUAUGGAAAUGCGCCCUUUGAAGCCAGGCUGAUUUCUCUUUAUUUUCUUCUCCCUGACAAAGCAGAGCUUCCCUGCCUCUGGUGGGCCUCUCUGUGUCUCUCUCUUUCCCUCCCUCUCUUUAAUAAUUCUUAGAGUUUCCAGGGGUAAUGUGAAAAAAUCUUUUUAAAGGUGGUAAAAGUCUGUGUAGAUAAUGUGAGUAUUAUUUUAGUAUUUUUGAAGUGGGACUUCGACAGCCAGGAGGAGAGAAACGGAUUAGUGACAGAGAGAAGCAGAUGUCUCCUGCCACGAUGGCUGGUCCCCGCCAGCCUUACCUUGCCACGCCGGGUGAGGCCCACAGAGCCUGGCACGAGGACGGGCUGGUAACAGACCGGCCCAGCUGCCUAGGCCCCUGCUUAGCCCCUGGAAUCAUAGCUCCACAGAUGGAUCGGAAGAGGCUUGUUACCUUAGCUCACGCCUGGGAGGGAGAGGCCUGCUCAACGGAACCAUGUUCCUGAGCUUUGUCCAUGACUUACCAAAGGAGCAUGGAAUCUGGAGGCUCCGUGUGAACGUAUUUCUCUCCUCCCGCCCCACUUUGUUUGACGCUGGGGUGUUGAGAAGUGGUGUCCGGAGCCAGAUGGUAUCAACAUGGGCCCUGUUCAGGUCUGUGCAGGGGAAGUCAGCAGCCUGGAUUGCUUGGUGUCUGGGUCUUGGUGUCCGUAUUUUAGAGUGGCUUUGAAGUUUUCUUUGUCCAUAUUUUUGUUUCCUCCUUCCUUCCUGUCCUGGGAGUUUGGCUCAUUCCGUGGACAAACACCAGUGGGAAGUCCUGCCACCUCAGGAGACAGUGCCAGCCUCGGUUGCCUGGCCAGAGGGGAAGCUCUUUCAGCUCUUACUUCCUUGCCCCCUUGAAAACAUGAAAUGAAGUUUUAAAAUGGAGUUAAGUAAGUGUUUAUGACAUGGUCCACCCCAUGCUAAGCCCUUCCCGUGCGUUUUAUUCAAUAUUCAUGGCCUCCUCUGGGAAGAAGCCAUAUUCUCUCCCUUUUGCAGGUGAGAAAAUUAAAGCUGGGGAGGGAGCAGGGAGAACAGAGGGUGUGGAGAAAUUUCUGGAAACAUGGAAAACAAUCAGAAAGGAGUGAAAAAAAAAUCAAAGUAGAACAUUCCAUAUGGUGCUCCCCAUCUGAAUCAAAGCACUUGUGUUUGUGUGUGUGUGGUGCUGGGUAACAAACCCAAGUCCUCUACCACUGGUGUAUCCCCCGCCCUCCAUCUGAAUUAAAAAGGGGAAUAUUAAUUUAUUUGCGCAAGAAACCCAUAAGAGGGGUUAUGUCAGGGAAAGGACCUGGUCACUUGUUGGGAUCAAGGCAGGAGGAAUAUUUUUCAGUAUAUAAUCCUUUACUCCUUUUGACCAUGUGUAUGUGUUAGCUCUUCAAAACCCUUGUUUGUUUUUAAAUAACGCAUUUGUUUGUUAACACCUACAGAUACUCACCAAGCACCACCUGAAUCUGCAGGACCAUGCCUGUAAGGGGUGGUGGUCCAGGGGGCAGGCCCUGGAAUCAGAUCGCCUUGGUCCAAAGCCAGGUUCCAUCACUCCCUGUGUGACCUUGGAUAUGAACUGCACCUCUCUGAUCUUUGCUCCCUCCUAAAGCAGGAAGAGUAAUUUUAUUAUUUUCCUCAUAGGCCGUUGAGAGAAUUAAGCAAGUUCAUUCAUGCUCCCAGCAAUGUAUCCGACACGAUGAUUCACCUAGUGCAUGAUGAUGACCUAAUAAAUCAUCUGUUAUUUUUAUUCAUUAGAACAACCACCUUAGGCAAUAAGCAUUAUUGCCCCCAUUUCAUAGAUAAGUAAGUCCCUUGUUGGCCA